AUGUUGGAACCAACACCCAAAGAGGAGAAGUCCUAUGACUGGCCACUGGCAUCUAUUGUUUUCAAUCAGCUUUUCCUGAGUGCCCGCCAUGUGCCAGCUGGGGGCCAACUGGGACGAAGCCCAAGCAGCUGCAUGGCUACUGCUAGCCCUGUUGGAGAGGCUGAGGGUGGAAUCCAAAACUGGGAGGAGAAGGAGGAGAAAGAGGAAGAGAAAGAGGGGGCAGCAGUGGCUGUCCUGAUGGCUGAGGGGGCUCUGAAUCCCCCUGGGGAUCAGCUGUCCCAGAGGAGGAAGGAAGCCCAGGAUGGGGGCCCCCAGAGGAUCAAGUUGGAGUUACACCCGCUGCUGAACAGGUGGGCUCUAUGGUUCUUCAAGAAUGACCGCAGCCGAGCCUGGCAGGACAACCUGCAUCUGGUCACCAAGUUUGACACCGUGGAGGACUUUUGGGCGAUGUACAGUCACAUCCAGCUGGCCAGUAAGCUCUCUUCUGGCUGUGACUACGCCCUGUUCAAGGAUGGCAUUGAGCCCAUGUGGGAAGAUAGCAGGAAUAAGAGGGGUGGCCGCUGGCUGGUCAGUCUUGCCAAGCAGCAGCGUCACAGUGAGCUGGACCGCCUGUGGCUGGAGACCCUGCUGUGUCUGAUUGGGGAGAGCUUUGAGGAGCACAGCCGGGAGGUGUGUGGGGCUGUCAUCAACAUCCGAACCAAGGGAGACAAGAUUGCUGUGUGGACCAGGGAGGCAGAGAACCAGGCGGGCGUGCUGCACAUUGGGCGUGUGUACAAAGAGCGCCUGGGCCUCUCCACGAAGAUCGUCAUUGGGUACCAGGCCCAUGCAGACACUGCCACCAAGAGCAACUCCCUAGCCAAGAAUAAGUUUGUGGUGUGA